AUGGCCUACUUCGAUGAGAAAGCGAAGGAAGAUCCAGAUUUCUUCUACAGGAUAAGAUUGGGCGAUGAGGACCGUGUCAGGAACAUGUAUUGGGUGGAUGGUGCUGCAAGAAGAGCCUACAAACAUUUCCGAGAUUGCAUUUCAUUCGACGCGACAUAUCUCACUAAUAUGUACAAGAUGCCAUGCGCUCCAUUCAUAGGAAUAAAUAACCACAAUCAGUCGUUGCAGUUCGGAUGCGGGCUCGUUCGGAACGAAGACACGGAUGGGUACAUUUGGCUGUUCAAGACCUUCUUGGAGUGCAUGGGUGGACUUGCUCUGAUGAACAUAAUAACAUACCAGGAUUUUAGCAUGCGUGCAGGCAUAGAGGAGGUCUUUCCGUUGGCAGUGCACAGGCACUGCAGGUGGCACAUUAUAAAGAAGGCUGAGGAGACACUAGGACCGUUCUUUGCUGACCGUCCAGACCUGCACAAGGCAUUCGAGCUGUGCGUGGACCACAGCUUGACGGUGGAGGAGUUUGAAAGGAGCUGGAUGGCUAUGAUUGAAACAUAUCAAACUACACAGCGCAGUGAGGGGUUCAAUGCUGUUUUGAAGCGGUACGUGAGCCCUGGCAACUCAUUACUACAGUUUGCCAAGCAGUACACCACUUUGCAACAAAAAAUACUGGGAUCCGAGCUACUGCAAGAAGCAAACACCGCGCUCAAGCAGCCAAAAUUGCUAACGUAUUUACCAAUGGAGAGGCAGAUGAGCAAGAUAUACACCAACACGAUUUUUAACAAAUUCCAGGAAGAAAUAAAGCGUGCCAGCAUGUACACGGCUUUCCAGGUGGACGAACAUACGUUCAAGGUGUGUUCUAUCAUGGGCAUGUCGGAUUCAGAACCUGAAGACCCAGACAAGGGAAGGAACUACUUUGUGAAGGCAUCGAUAAGCGAAGGCGAAUACUACUGCCAAUGCUGCAAAUUCGAACGGGACGGGAUUGUGUGCUAUCACAUUCUAAAAGUAAUGGACUUGAACGUGGUGACACGAAUGCCCCGCCAUUUCAUAAGGCGGCGAUGGACUUGGGACGCUGACGCCGCAUUGGCGCCGCAAACAUCAAACGCAGUUUUGGCCGUGCAUGACGAGAGACCAGAGUCAACCAUGGAAGCCGUGAGGCACGUUGUGUUGACAAAGAACUAUGCUGAACUAAUUGAUGAAGCGUGCAAGAGUGAUGAGACAACAAAGGUCGCAGAAAAACACAGGAAGGCCCUCAAAAGAGAGCUUGAUGAGAUCAAGAAGAGGAAAGCUGAGGAAGCCUUACACAGGUUCCCCCGCACAUCAAGUGUACCUUCGUCCACAGGGCCAUCAUCUGAAAACUCGGAGGUAGGAUCUGGAACAGCAAGCACACAAACACAGGUUAGGAACCCGCCCCGUUCCAUCACAAAAGGGCGUCCAAAAGAGAUAAGAUACAAAUCGGGAUUGGAGAUUCAAGCAAAACAUAAGAAACCAAAGAAAGGGACGGGCAAUCCGUAA